AUCAAUCCUAUUCAGGCAUUGCCAGAAUGAGCCAUGGGAAAACACGAAGCCACGUGACGUCACAUUUGAGCGACGACACGUCGUAAGGUUUCACCAUGGCCGAGGCUGAAUCAAAAAAGGUGAUCAAGUUAGUUCCUGAGUAUCUGCUGAAAAAGAGGAAAGAAUACCAGGCCAUUAAAGCUACACAAGCCAAGCUUGCAUUGCUUGAGAAGAGAAAGGUAUCAAAAGGCAAACCGCUGAAGUUCAAACGUUUGGAAGACUUCUUGAAAGACAGCCACAAAAAGCAUCGUGAUGAAACACGCAUCCAAAGAGCAGAGCACAGACCACCUGCCCCUAUGCCCCCUGCUAAGAACAGGCUAGCCUUCGCUGUCCGCAUCAGAGAGAUUAAAGGUGUCAGUCCCAAAGUGAUGAAGGUGGUUCAGAUGUUGAGGCUGAGGAAGAUCUUCAGCGGGACCUUCGUCAAAAUCAACAAGACCUCUAUGUCCAUGAUGAAGGUGGUGGAGCCCUAUGUGGCCUGGGGAUUUCCCAACUUGAAGUCUGUUCGUGAGCUCAUUCUGAAGAGAGGACAGACCAGGGUAGGCAGGAGGAGGGUUCCUCUCACAGACAACGCCUUCAUUGAGCAGCACAUGGGUAAACAUGGCAUCAUCUGUUUGGAGGACCUGAUCCAUGAGAUCUACUCAGUUGGUAAGGGUUUCCGGGGUGCCAACAACUUCCUGUUGCCUUUCAAGCUGUCAGUGGCCCGUCACGCCGCCAGAGACAAGGCCGGGCUCCUGAAGGACCUGGGAAAUCCUGGAUUUCGCGGGACAGACAUUAACACUAUCAUCAGACAGCUGAACUGAGGAGAAACACCUGCGAGACGGAUACCCAGCAGCAACAUAAAGGAUGCUGUACUUAUUGAGGAGCAAAUGCCAUUGACAAAAAGAUAUUUAAACUUUUUGUUUCUUUGGCAGAGAUGCUCCUGUACAUCCAUUCUCUGGACAGUUAGAGACAUUGGAAAAGUGGAGUAUUUUGCUUUAUCUGUGUUGUUUUUGUUUUGCACUCAUGUUAAAAAAUAUCACAUGGUGCCCUUGACAAUGGACUGAUGGAAGCAGGUAUGCUCUUUGGUGAAAAUGUAACGAUAUAGUAUGUUAAAGGGUGUUCAGUAAGUACACAUAAUAUUCCUCAGGUUGUCAGAGGAACAGAUCAGUACUUGCUAUAUAUACAAGGCCAAGAAUUUAAUAAGUGAGAUGGGUUGUCCUACCAGCCCAUCUACAGCAGAUUAAUUCACUGCAUUCAGUAUAUUUCAGAGUGCAACAGGGGUAAAGCUCUGUUUAACACUGAUUUGUUGAUUGAUAUAAGAGUCAUUGUUAAUAUACUUCCUUUGUUUUUACAAUAAAAAAAAGAUUCAGUA